CACGCCCGACCGCGGAUUGUUCCAUUGACCAACUUGCGGUUUUUGUGCGGACUUGCUCGGAGCUGGAAUCGCGAUCGAGAGCAUGCCUGCUGGAGAAGACUCGGACAGUGGACUCCUCCGCCUGACAUUGCAGGGCUUCAACGCAUGGAGUCGGAGAGCGCGCAGCCAGCGUGCUCGAGCCAGACACGGCAUCCCAGACGACAAGCGGUCCAGUCUCCGCUUCCAGCCGGCCGUUGUCUUUGCCAGCUCACCCCGAUCGGCCUUUGACGCAUCAGGCGCUUCUCCCGCGUAAAAUCGACAAGGAAAAAGAAACAUAGCUUCGUGACUUCGUCCGAUCUUCUCCGAUCUUCCAUCCAACAGGCAGGACCUUGCAAAUCGGCAGAAACCACUCACCCGCCACUCAUCUCAACGACAGGCCUCCGUCCGCCCAGCACAACAGCGCGAGUCAGUUUUGCGGCGGCAACAAUAAUAAGCCCGUCCGUGGUCAUUGUCACUGUCACAUGAAA